CUUUCCCUCGUAAUGACUGUUGAGUUAUCAUUUGUAUAUAGAGGAUAUGAGAAAGAGAAAUAUAAUUGCCCUGCUCAAAACUAUUGUUUUGGUGGAAGAGAUAAUCCUUAGGGCAAUAUUGAUCACAUAGCAUAAAAAUUCCUAUAUCUUUUACAGUUUUUAAAAACUUUUGCUAAUGUACAAGCAAGAAGAAAACUAGGCUGCCUGAAGAUCUGAACAUGAACAAGUCUGUUAGGAUCAAUGGACACAAAAUGCUUCUUCUGUCUGUGCUUCUGCCCUUGGCUGCUGUACUACAACAAGCUUUGGGAAAGACUAUAGUGAGUAAAAUGUCUCCAAAAAAACAACUGGAAAUCCUUGAUCAUAUUAAUGAUGUCAGGAGAAAUGUGGAACCUACUGCAAGCAAUAUGAUGAAAAUGGUAUGGAGUGAUGAAGCUAGUGCGAGUGCUGGAAAAUGGGUCAGCCAAUGUCAUUUUAGAAAUAGUCCAAAAGAAGAACGCAUUUCAAAUAAUGUUGUCUGUGGAGAGACACUGUCCCAAACAAUGACACCAAGCUCCUGGCCAGAUGUAAUUCAGUCAUGGGCCAGUACAAAGCAUAAUUUCAAAUAUGGCAUUGGACCAAUUGACCCAAAGAAAAACAUCUAUAGCUAUACUCAGCUCAUAUGGUAUAAUUCACAUAUGGUUGGAUGUGCACUUGCUUAUUGCAAAGGGAAUAGUUAUCCAUACUUAUAUUCGUGCCAUUUCUGCCCUAGUGGGAACAUUCAAGACAAAAUAGCAGCACCCUACAAAGAAGGCCCUUCCUGUGCAGACUGCCCUUCUGACUGUGAUGAUAAACUAUGUACCAAUGCAUGUCCAUACAAAAAUGUAUACAGUGAAUGUGAAAAAAUGAAAAACCUUUUUAGUUGUGAGUCAAAUGUUAUGGUUGACAACUGCCAAGCCUUAUGUAGAUGCCCAGAUCAAGUUUCAUAAAUAUAAAUACAUGGACACCACAAAGGUCUUAUUAAAACAACAGUACUUCACCGAGAAGGAUGAAAAUUCAGGAUUAAAAAAAUCUCUUUAACUGGCAAAAAGGAAGGAGCUGAAAAUUGUUUCUAAUGUAUUUUGCUGGUUUUAAAGUUACAAUGAAGAAAAAAGAUCUUUCACAUAAAACACAACAAGAAAACAUGUUGCAGUAAAUUAAAGUUACACAUAACACUUUUCUUGCAGAUGUAGUCUGUAACAGAAUUUGUAUCUAUACAAAUACAAAUGUAUAGAUAUGAGUAAUUUUGUCUUAUUAUGCAUUAAAAGCUAUCCACCGAA